CUCCAAUCUUACUUCCCCACCAAGAAACAAAAUAUUAAUAUAAAUAAUAAUAACAAAUAACAAUUGAGGGAGAGUGGUCGGAUAGUGAUCAACCAUAAUCCACAAACACACAAGGAGAGAGGUAUAGAAACAAACAGAAAUAACAGUUUGAAAGGCCAAGGAGAAGCAUGGAAAACGAUCGAAUCACAAAUCAAAAAUAAAAAACUAGAAAAAUCAGAAGAAAUUCAUCGUCAUCGGAGAAUCGAAUCGAAUCGAAUCGAAAGAAUGAAGAAAGGAUCGCAUUCAGUAUUGCCGUACGAAACGCCGCGGCUGAGAGACCAUUACCUGAUGGGCAAGAAAUUGGGCCAAGGACAAAUUGGCACCACCUACCUCUGCACCCACAAGCCCACCGGCGCCCACUACGCCUGCAAGUCCAUCCCCAAGCGCAAGCUCCUCUGCCAGGAGGACUACGACGUCUGGAGGGAGAUUCAAAUCAUGCACCACCUCUCCGAGCACCCCAGCGUCGUCCAGAUCAAGGGCACCUACGAGGACUCCGUCUUCGUGCACCUCGUCAUGGAGCUCUGUGCCGGCGGCGAGCUGUUUGAUAGGAUCGUCAAGAAGGGGCAUUACAGCGAGAGGGAGGCGGCCAAGCUCAUCAAGACCAUCGUUGGGGUGGUGGAGGGCUGCCACUCCCUCGGUGUCAUGCACCGCGAUCUCAAGCCGGAGAAUUUCUUGUUCGACACGCCUUCGGAUGAUGCCACGCUCAAAGCCACCGAUUUCGGCUUGUCCGUCUUCUAUAAGCCAGGACAAUAUUUCUAUGACAUAGUUGGGAGUCCCUAUUAUGUUGCACCUGAGGUGUUGUCCAAGAUUUAUGGACCUGAAGUGGAUGUAUGGAGUGCUGGUGUGAUACUUUACAUCCUCUUAAGCGGGGUUCCUCCUUUUUGGGCAGAAACUGAAUCAGGGAUCUUCAGACAGAUUUUACAUGGCAAAAUAGAUUUUGAAUCUGAGCCGUGGCCUAAUAUUUCAGAAAGUGCGAAAGAUCUCAUGUAUAAGAUGCUUGAGAGGCACCCGAAGAAAAGAAUCUCUGCCCAUGAAGUCCUAUGUCACCCCUGGAUUGUAGACGACAGAGUUGCCCCAGAUAAACCACUAGAUUCUGCGGUUCUGUCCCGCCUCAAGCAGUUCUCAGCAAUGAAUAAGCUUAAGAAGAUGGCACUUCGUGUGAUAGCGGAAAGACUGUCAGAAGAAGAGAUUGGAGGUUUAAAAGAGCUGUUCAAAAUGAUUGACACAGAUAGUAGCGGGACAAUAACAUUUGAGGAACUUAAAGAAGGAUUGAAAAAAGUGGGCUCGGAGCUAAUGGAGUCUGAAAUCAAGUCCCUUAUGGAAGCAGCUGAUAUAGACAACAGCGGAACAAUAGACUAUGGCGAAUUUCUUGCUGCUACCUUGCACUUAAACAAGAUGGAAAGAGAGGAGAAUUUGAUUGCAGCCUUUUCCUUUUUUGACAAAGAUGGUAGUGGAUAUAUUACUGUCGACGAGCUUCAACAGGCUUGCAAGGAGUUUGGUCUAGGUGACGUUCAUCUGGAUGAAAUUGUCAAAGAGAUUGAUGAAGACAAUGAUGGGCGUAUCGAUUAUGGGGAGUUUGCUGCAAUGAUGAGGAAGGGGGGUGAUGGAGGAAUUGGGAGGAGCAGAACCAUGAGAAACAAUUUGAACUUUAAUUUGGGUGACGCUUUCGGAAUAAAAGAUCAGUCUACGUCUUCGUCUGCCGGAGAAUGAGACAGUAACAGAGAAAUGCAAUUUCUUGUAAACAUUCAAUUUGUAAAAGGAACUAAUGAAUAGCUUACGUUUCUUAAUCUUGUGCUGCCUGAUUAAUUCCAAGGGUUUUGCUUUAUAUGUAUACAAAGUGGCCUUGUUAGAGCUUAA